GCAUGCGCAAGAGCGCGACCACGCCGCGUGCGCGCGCUGCAGACCACCUCCCGCGCCGCGGGCCGGGCUCGGCCAUGGGUUCGGCGCCGGCCGCGGGCUCGGUGCGCGCGCGCUACCUGGUGUACUUCCAGUACGUGGGCACCGACUUUAACGGGGUGGCGGCCGUCAGGGGCGCCCAGCGGGCCGUCGGGGUCCAGAACUACCUGGAGGAGGCCGCCGAGCGGCUCAACUCCGUGGAGCCGGUCAGGUUCACCAUCUCCAGCCGCACAGACGCCGGGGUGCACGCCCUGAGCAACGCGGCGCACCUGGACGUCCAGCGCCGCCCGGGCCGGCCGCCCUUCCCGCCCGAGGUCCUGACCGAGGCCCUCAACACCCACCUGCGGCACCCGGCCAUCAGGGUCCUGCGGGCCUUCCGAGUGCCCAGCGACUUCCACGCUCGCCACGCAGCCACGUCCCGGACCUACCUGUACCGCCUGGUCACCGGCUGUCACCGGUCUGACGAGCUGCCCGUGUUUGAACGCAACCUAUGCUGGGCUCUCCGGGCAGACCGCCUAGACGUGGCCGCCAUGCAGGAAGCGGCCCAGCACCUCCUCGGCACACACGACUUCAGCGCCUUCCAGUCGGCCGGCAGCCCGGUACCAAGCCCCGUGCGGACACUGCGCCGUGUCUCCGUGUCCCCAGGCCUGGCCAGCCCCUUGGUCACCCCCCAGGAGAGCAGGAAGCUGCAGUUCUGGAGCCUCGAGUUUGAGAGCCAGUCCUUCCUGUAUAGACAGAUGCUGCUUCCUGCACCCUGCAGGGGCCACAGUUUGGGAGCCACGAAUGACCCUGGACGCUCAGCCAAAAUCAGGCCACCCCAGGCCCAGCAGCCCUGUGCUUGUAAAGCCAGGGCAGUUGCGGCCACCUGGGGCCCCCAGCACUGCUGCCUGACCUCCAAAUUAGCCCCGUCUGCCUCAGUCCCACCACCCUGGAUGCCCAUCUCUGUCCCGGGCGGGGCAGGGUGCAGUGCAGGACGUAGUCGGCACCAAGUGAUCUUUUGUUAUGCCUUUACUGGAAACUGCUGUCUGGGACCCCCUGCCCUAACCAUCGUUUUGGGGGCCAGGAGCAGGAAUAAAGGCAAAGCAGCCUGGAGGUCAGUUUAUUUCUUCAGCUGCAAACAGCCACUCGGGCGGGCACAUGACCCCCAGGGACUGGAUCCGCAGGGUGUGUUCACCCAGUGCACCCACAGUCCUGAAGUGCAAGCCCAGGUCUCUCCAGCUAGGUGAGGGCAGAGGUAGGUGGGUGGGUGGCUGGCCUCAGCUGAGAGCCUGGGGGAGGCCCUUCUUCAGCAGAGACGUGAGGAAGCUCCCCAGCUCCUCGUCCUAGAGCAGAGGCAAGAGCACCAUGGGCAGCACGGGACAGGGAGGGGAUGGUGACACCUGAGCUGACCUCGGUGGGGUAGGGGCCGCCCCUUACCUGGUAGGUCCAAGAGACCAGCAGCACCUUGGUGCCUGGGUCCUCAGAGGGGGCGGCAGCCUGGAUAAGGAUGGACUCCACAGUCACCGAGCCGUCCGGGAGGUGCUGCACACAGUGGUCCUUCAGGAUGCUGUGGGGAGGCUCCAUGAGACCCUGCCUUGCCCCCAGGGCCCGAGGGGUGGAGGGGCAGGGCCGGGCGCCGACCUCUUGAGGUGGCUGUAGACACGCAAUGCAGUCUCCUGCUCCUUUCGCGUGUCAUGCAGGUGCACGCGGCAGGUGAAGCGCAGCUGGUGCUCGGCUAGGCCCAGCUCUUUGAGGGCUUGCUCUGAGGACACCAGCCGGAAAUUCUGUGGGGCAGGGGCAGGUCAGAGAGCGCAGCAGUGGCCCUCCCCCCUCCAGAGGCCACCCUGCCACUCACGCUGUCCUUCAUGAUCAGGGUGCCGUGCAGGAGCCGUGGCUUCUUGGCCUCAGGGAGCAACCCUGUGGAGGCAGCAGGGGCCAUCAACGUGAGGGCAGCUCCCAGCCACCCGGCCCAAGCACCCGGCCCGGCCCUGCCCGCGUACCCUGCGCCAUCUCCUGCUUCAGCAGCCCCAGCGAGAUGCCUACAGGGAUGCUGAGGCUCGUGGGCAGCGUCACCGUCUCGCCGUUGGCCGGCAUGUAGCAGCUGACCCCUGGACCCCGGGGAAGAGACAGUCUCAGUGCAGGCCGCCCACGCUGACCCGAGGUGGGCCCCAAGCCGCCCGCCCAGCUGCCUACGGAGCUCCUGCUCGAUCUUCUGCUUCAGGAACUCCAUCUUCUUGGCCUCGCCGUGCACCAGCAGCACACUUUCCGGCUCUGCCUGGCCCACCAGCUGCAUGAUGCCCUUGGCGUCCGCAUGGGCACUGAACGACAUGUACUCCACCUGCAUCUUGACCUCCAGCUGCAGGCCGCAGGGCAUGGACAGUGGUUAUCACCAGGACGUGCCCCUCGACUCUGCCAGCCCGCAGGGGAUCGGGACUCACCACCUGCCGCCCUUCCAUCUCCAGCUUCCGCUGUCCACUGAGGAUCUUGUGGCCCACGGUGCCCUGCACGCAGUAGCCGGGCAUGAUGACCUGGGGGCGGGCACAGAGCUCACAGCCACAGGACCCCAGCCUUGGCACCUCAGGGCCUUCCCUGGGAUGCCCCAACUUGAACCCUGGAAGCUGUUUCCACCUGCCAGUGGUACCCUCCCAAGCCUAGCUGCAGACUCCAAAGGGCUCAGGUUUUGGCACAAGGCUGUCCAGGGCUGGGCUGGGGCUCUUCUGCCUAAGGUGGACGGGCUGCGUCACAGGGAGACUGAAAGGCCCCAGUGUCCCUCGGCCAGCAAGAGCUCAGGCAGAGUGUGUCAGGACAACCCGCUAGCCUCCAGGUUCCUGCACCUCACCACGGCCCUCACCAUGUUCUUCUCAUUUCCCGCCCAUUUCCGGAAGAUCUGCAGGGACUGCCCGGCGUGCAGCAUUCCUGGCGUGGCAAACACAACCUACGAGAGACAGAGGGCAGGGGCGGGAGGGGGUCGACUCAGGGCAGGAGAUGCCCCCCACCCCUGCUGCAGGCCCAGCCCAGAGACCCAUGGGCAGGGACCUGUAGAAAGGCCAACUGACGUGGACACACUGGCCAGCCCCACCACAGUCCUCACCAUUGGCCCUGGGUUGUCAGCAAAAGCCCGGUCAAAGGCCUUGAUAUGUUUGAACUCGAACAUGUUCCUCUGAACAAAA